GGAAGAAGCGCUGCUGUGAGCGACAGAGAAAGCGCAAGACAAACACGUAGGCUACGUUUUGUGACUCGUAAAUCUUCGUAUGCCGCGAGACUCCCGCAACGAGUUUAUGAAUGAAAAACUUCCCAAACAGCAAAGUCGUGGACAUUUUCUCACGGUUCCUCUACGCACCUGGACCAAAAACUUUUGUUUGGUUCAACUGGUUUGAACGUGACUCUAUUUUCCCCUCGCUACUUUUGCAAAAACAGACGCGUCGCACGAGAUAAAUCUGGCUGAGUGGCUUGUUUUUAUUCACUUCAGUGUGGGACAUUUUCUUCGGAGAUCGCUUGUUGUGGAGUAAUGCUUUACAACCCUAAAUAACUCCCACAAGAAGUGCACUUCAACACAGUACAGUGCUCAGAAUAACAUCCAGAGGUAGCUCUAUGCUGCUGGUGUUGAUGGCCCAGUGCUGCCCACAGCUGUGUGAAUGAGCUGUUUCGGCCCACCCUCUUCGCCCAGCUGCCGUGGCAUGGCUUCUCUCAGGAUGAUGAAGUCAUGGCAUUUGCUUCUCCUGUGGGUUAUUCUAGCUCACCUCCCCUUGGCCCACUCACGUCCCGCAGUAACCGAACAAGUCCGAACAGAGGUGAAAAUGGAGCUGUACACAUUGUUCCCUGGGGAGCGUUUGGUGCUGCAGUGCUUGGCUCAAGACGAGACCCCGAUUGUAGGCCUAGGGGUCAUCUGGACUAGAGACCACGCUGCAUUGCUGAAUGGAGACCGCAUGCGGGUGAACGGGGGCCAGCUGGAGAUCGGGUCAGUGGAGCCGACAGACUCUGGGCUUUACUCCUGCACUGUCCAGAGCUUUCUGGGCAACCACUCUGCCUAUUUCAUCGUUAAUGUGACAGGUCAUGCAGUAGCGUCUUCUGAGGAUGAGGAUGACGAUGAGUCAUCGUCAGAAGAGAACAAGCCGUCAAGUAGCCAAGAGCUCUUACCGAUGGCACCUCACUGGGCUCAACCUGAAAAGAUGGAAAAAAAGCUUCACGCCGUACCGGCUAGCAAAACGGUGAAAUUCCGAUGUCAGGCCGAGGGAAACCCAACUCCGAAACUUCGCUGGUUAAAGAAUGGAAAAGAGUUCAAAAGAGACCAGCGCAUCGGGGGCUACAAGCUGCGGGAACACAUGUGGACCAUAAUCAUGGAGUCUGUAGUGCCCUCAGACAAGGGCAACUACACAUGCCUGGUGGAGAAUGAAUACGGAAGCAUCAAUCACACCUAUCAGCUGGAUGUCGUGGAGCGAUCACCUCACAGGCCCAUCCUGUAUGCUGGUCUCCCUGCAAACCGAACGGCUGUGGUUGGCAGUGACGUAGAGUUUGAAUGCAAGGUUUUCAGCGAUCCCCAGCCUCACAUCCAGUGGCUCAAACACAUAUUGGUGAACGGAAGCCAACUGGGACCUGAUGGACACCCUUACGUACGCGUCCUAAAGACGGCUGGCCUCAACACCACCGACAAGGAGAUGGAGGUGCUCCAGUUGAGGAAUGUGUCCUUUGAGGAUGCUGGGGUGUAUACUUGCUUGGCGGGCAAUUCUAUCGGGAUCUCUCAUCAUUCAGCAUGGUUGACCGUUGUCAAAGCUCCCACCGCUCCCUCUGCAGUCCCCAGUCAGUCCUACCUGGAGGUGUUGAUCUACUGCGUAGGAUUCUUCCUCAUCUUCCUCAUGGUAGGAAUCGCCACCAUCGUCAAAGUCCGCAGCUCCUCCAAGAAGAGCGACUUCAACAGCCAGCUGGCCGUCCAUAAGCUGGCCAAAAGCAUUCCUCUCCGCAGACAGGUUUCAGUGGAAUCCAGUUCCUCUCUGAACUCUGGUGUGAUGUUGGUCCGACCUUCACGACUCUCCUCCAGUGGGACCCCCAUGUUGUCAGGAGUCUCUGAGUACGAGCUGCCCCAGGACCCGUGCUGGGAGGUACCUCGAGAGAGGCUAGUACUUGGGAAACCUCUGGGAGAGGGCUGCUUUGGCCAGGUGGUGAUGGGCGAAGCCAUUGGACUGGACAAAGACAAGCCCAACCGCAUAACCAAAGUCGCUGUGAAGAUGCUGAAAUCUGACGCCACUGAGAAGGACCUGUCUGACCUCAUCUCAGAGAUGGAGAUGAUGAAGAUGAUUGGAAAACACAAGAACAUCAUCAACCUGCUCGGAGCUUGUACCCAGGAUGGCCCUCUUUAUGUCAUUGUGGAAUACGCCUCUAAAGGAAACCUACGGGAAUACCUGCGUGCCCGCCGGCCGCAUGGCAUGGAGUACUGUUACAAUCCUGACCAGGUGCCUGUUGAGAGCAUGUGUAUUAAAGACUUGGUCUCCUGUGCCUACCAGGUGGCUCGUGGCAUGGAGUACCUGGCAUCCAAAAAGGUAUUGUUGACAUUUUGUGUGAUUAAAAAAAUAACACUUUCGAUCCACAAUUUCUUCAAAAAGUGGGCUAAAAUAAAUACUUUUUUGUCUGUGUGCGCUCCUCAACAGUGUAUCCAUAGAGACUUGGCAGCACGCAAUGUACUUGUAACAGAGGAUAACGUAAUGAAGAUAGCAGACUUCGGUCUGGCCCGGGACGUUCAUCACAUAGAUUACUACAAGAAGACUACAAAUGGCCGGCUGCCUGUCAAAUGGAUGGCACCUGAGGCUUUGUUUGACAGAAUUUACACACAUCAAAGUGACGUGUGGUCUUUUGGGGUCCUUCUGUGGGAGAUCUUCACUCUGGGGGGCUCGCCAUAUCCCGGAGUGCCUGUGGAAGAGCUUUUCAAGCUACUGCGAGAAGGUCAUCGCAUGGACAGACCCUCAGCCUGCACUCAGGAGCUGUACCUGAUGAUGAAAGACUGCUGGCAUGCAGUUCCCACACAGAGGCCAACUUUUAAACAGCUGGUAGAAGACCUUGAUCGCACCCUGUCCAUGAUAUCCAAUCAGGAGUAUCUGGACCUCUCUGUGCCCCUGGAGCCCAUGUACUCUCAGGUCAUCCUGAAUGAACGAAGUUCCACCUGCUCCUCCGAUCCGGACUCUGUCUUCUUAAGAGAUUCUGGACCUGAAGAACCCUGCAUCCCCCCAACAGUUCCCCCACAGCAAACCGUUCGGUCCUUCAAAAAACGCUGACAGUAGAGGAUCUCUAUUUUUCUGCUUCCUUUGACUCAUAAACUCUGCAGGCUCAGAGACUGAGGUGUUCAGCCUGGGCCGUUCUAGCACAGAAACGCAAGCAGGAGGAAACGUUUCAAACCAGCAGACUCGCAAAGUCGAGACUGAUCAAAAUAGAGAGGCUUGUGUGGGGAACGACCAAACUUUUUGUCCACCGAUUGUCCUUCAGAGGGAUCGAUCCUCACAAAUAAGAUGUUCGAAAAGCAUCACAUAAGGAAAGAAUGCUUGUAAUCGCCAACAAAGUCAAUGGGUUGGACAAGUAAUUGCAAGUGUGCUGGCUUUGUAAAUGCGGUUAAAUUGUACAAAUAUGAAAUUAUAUAAACACUAUUGUUUUAUAUUACUAUUAUAAUUAUUAUUAUUUUUGUAUGAGCUUGUUUAUGCCUUUUUUUUGUUCAAGAAACAUGACCGCAACACCGUUGAGGUUCUGGAUAGCCCCGCCCACAAUGAAAUCUCAUUGGCCCAAAAUCAUGCUACACAUAAAAUAACAUUAAAACUGAAGUGUGUAAUUUAAGAAUGUUCAGAUACUUUUUUUGUAAGUUGGUUCCCUGGAAAAUUUGCUCCCGACCAGCUUGACAUAGGAACAUUGGCUACAUCAACCAAUAGCUUGAAUUGGGGGCGGGACUAUCUGGUUGUUCGACCAAUGGCAGAUGAAGUGAAUGCUUAGGAAACCUGUUUGAAAAUAGUUAUUUUAUAGUAAUUUUUGCCGUUUGGCAAUGCUAGUCGUGCAGAAAUUACACACUUCACCUUUAAAAGUCAAAUAUGUUCUGACUGGCUGUGAUUGUGUUAUGUCACAGCAUUUUCUCUUUCAAUGUGGAAAAAUUAACUUAUGGUUACAAUUUUAAUGUAGCGCCUGGUUAGAAGAUGGUGUCACACAGAUUUAUGGGAGUUUCUGUAUGUUGAAAUAAGCUACAAAUGAAAUCUGUUACUCAUUGCUUGCUGUUAUGGUCUUAAAGUGCGAUUACCGUUUGUUUGGUGUCCUGCAACACUAAAUUUCAGUAGUGUGAAUGAAUGUUUAGUAACUAUUAAUAUGAAACAGCUGGAAUAUGUAUGUCUGUUUAGCGUCAGCAUGGUGAUUGACAAUCUGUUUGCACCAGUUUCAAAGCAUAGCAUGUCUACAUUAUUUUAAGCUAGACUCUCAAAUGACAGGGUUUAUAUGACAGGAUUGGCAAGUCGUUGUGAGGAAUGGUGUAAAUUAGUUCUCAAAAAGAGUUUUGAUGCUUGUGUGAUUAUGUAUGUCCUGAUGUGAAUUUUAAGGCAGUGGCCAUGCACUUAUAUUCAGGCUGUCAAUAAGCUGACUGAUAUUGCCUUUCCUGUGGGAAUAUAAAUAAAAAAAUGUUAUAUAUAAAAUUAAAA